CUUUGCCCUUGACAUGCAGAGCUCUGGCAUGGCGUCGCUCGAAGUGUUGUCUUCUCCCACUGUACCUGGAGAUAGCACGCGGCAUGCUGCAUAUCCAUUUUGUGGAAAACGAUCUUUUAAGGGUGCUGAGGAGCCAAGCAGGAUUGUUGCAACUGAUGUAGCAGGGAACGUUUUGAGCAGCCAAUCGGGGUUCGACACUGCGUUGCUGGUUUGAAGUUGGACUGGUGUUUGAAGGUCGUGGAGUAAGAGGGCCAAGAUGUUGACCACACGCCUCCGCUCUGCCGUUCGCGCAGCGAGCGGGACCUUAAGCCACAUUCGAGCUGCCACACUCUGCCCCUGUGAAGAUGCUAUUCCCAGUACUUCAGACAGCGCCCCCGUCGGUUCGGCAGAAGGCUUCCGAUUGUACAGUGGGACUGCGCCGCUGUUCAUGAGGGCGGGGGGGCGGCUCGACGUGAGCGCUGUUGCUGCGGCGAUUGAGGAUGCGGAUGGGUUGGCCAGUAUACGCAGUGAGGACUUGGUGGUGAACAGAACUACCACGCCCAAGCCAAAACCGGCCCUCUCAGAGCUGCUGUUCGGGCGGAUUAUGACGGACCACAUGCUCCAGGCAGCGUGGAACGUAAACACGGGCUGGAGUGCACCGUCGAUUGACCCGCUCGCCCCGCUGCAGCUGCACCCCGCGGCGCAGGUUCUGCACUAUGGCAUCGAGUGUUUCGAAGGAAUGAAGGCUUACAUGGGCGUUGAUGGGCGGAUCAGAAUGUUCCGGCCUGACAAGAACAUGGACCGGUUGGCACGGUCAGCUCAACGGUUGAACCUGCCCGACUUUGAGAAGGUUGAAUAUCUGGAGUGCAUAAAGGAGCUACUCCGAGUGGAGCGGGACUGGCUGCCGGACAAAGAAGGCUUUUCCUUGUACCUCCGUCCCACGUACAUCGCCACAACCCCCACCCUGGGCAUCGCCCCACCCUCCGCCGCCCUUCUCUACACCAUCAUCUCCCCGGUCGGUCCGUACUUCCCGACCGGUGUCAAGCCGAUCAAGCUUUUCGUCGACACGCGGCAUGCGCGCGCGUGGCCCGGGGGAGUGGGCGAUUGCAAAGUGGGGGGGAACUACGCCAGCACGAUCCGCCCCCAGGUGCAGGCGGCGGCGCUCGGGUGCCAGCAGGUGCUGUACGUGCUGGACAACGGGGCGGAAGGUGACGGCAUCGUGGGCGAGUCUGGCGCGAUGAACGUCUUUUUCCUGUGGCGGAGAAAGGACGGCAAAAAGGAACUGGUGACGCCCCCGCUGGACGGCAUGAUACUGCCGGGAGUGACGAGAGACACGGUUCUGUCGUUAGUCCGAAGCUGGAGCGAAUUCGAGGUCGCGGAGCGCCCCAUCCGGUGGCGCGAGAUCGAGGCCGCGGUCGCCGAAAACCGCAUGCUCGAAAUGUUCGGGACCGGGACCGCUGUCAUCAUCCAGCCCAUCAGCACGUUGCUCAAAUCGGACGGCACAGCUUUGACGGUGCCCUUUGACAGCGCCGAAACGAGCCGUUGGAUCGACCGGAAACCGGGGACGACGUACGGCGCGCAAAAGGAGCCCACGACCAGUUUAGCGGGCCGGUUAAUGCGGACGAUCAUGGACGUCCAGUACGGACACACGGACAGCCCGUGGAGUGUGCCCGUUAGCUGACCGUCGAUGUGAAGCGGCUCGGGUUGCGACAAUCAUUGGUUGCUUUGCUCUAAAAGUGCGUUUGUGUAGACAGGUAGAUACAUCACUUUAGUGAGAUACGAACCGUUUAGAACAUGAUCAUUUAGGAGCAAACCGCAUGCUUGCUCCGGCCAUUCUGUCUCCAAGCUUUGGAAGGCGGCGUGUGCAGGGGCAUCCCGCCUUGGCUCUUCUCGGAGGAUUUACUCAUGUUUGCACCCUCUGCUUGCCAUUUGAUUGUACGGUAGAAGCGAGAGCAUCAGUACUUCCUUCACUUCAGGUUUGCUUAAUUUGGAAAUGAUCAAUUUGCAUUUGUUCAAUCCAACGUCUUCGAUGA